ACAUUUUUUUUUGCCUUUUAUUUCCAUAACGUUCUAUGCACAGUUUUCGUUCCCCCAACGUGGACUUCAGAAUCUAUGCUCGAACUUGUGGAGAGAUCUAGAUCAACAGAGCACUCCGCAAUAAGUGAACCUGUUCAAUCUUGGAUGACUUUUAGAACGCUGUAACAUAGUGACGCUAUAUAUAAGUGUGUAUGUUUAUGUCCGUAAGUAGGCAAGGUUUGAUAAAAGAGAAUAUCAAAGAAAAACUUGUUUUCUCACUGGAUAACACGUUUUCUACCUGGAUAACAAGUUUUCUACAUUUGCAUCAAGUUUUCUACUUAGACAUCUAGUUUUCUACCUGGAAAUCAAGUUUUCUACCUGGACAUCAAGUUUUCUACAUUGGCAUCAAGUUUUCUACCUGGACAUCAAGUUUUCUACUUGGACAUAUAGUUUUCUACCUGGACAUCAAGUUUUCUACUUGGACAUAUAGUUUUCUACCUGGACAUCAAGUUUUCUACUUGGACAUCAAGUUUUCUACAUUGACAUCAAGUUUUCUACCUGGACAUCAAGUUUUCUACAUUGGCAUCAAGUUUUCUACCUGGACUUCAAAUUUUCUACCUGGACAUCUAGUUUUCAUCUGGACAUCUAGUUUGUCUUUUGUUUUACGUCAAUGUAACUUCCGAUUUGAUUCCAGAAUGCCUGCGGCACAGGGACUAUGGGCAGUCUUUCAACAUUUCAAUUCCUCGUCGGUCAUCCUAUCUACACGUGUGUUUAUGAACAGGUGAAUCAGGAAACAGAAAGGUAAUGUUAAAAAGAUGAAAGUUCUGACUCAUAUGUCAGUCGUCGUUGCCUUGACAUGCGCAGUCCUAGCUGUUUGUGCCAAGCAAUGUGACAAAACAGAGGGCCGAGCUGUGCAGUGCAACACUGCUAAAGGCGGGAAAAGGUCAAAAAAUUCACCGAAACACUCGGCGCCCCAGUGGGAAACGAAACCGACAGAGAGCCACUUGGACAUAAGAGAGAACACUAACGUUGAUCUCUCGUGUGCUGUCCGAGGUCAGCCAGAGCCUGGGUUGUAUUGGCUGAACGGAAGAAAGCGGAUAGACUCCAAUAACACAAGCAAAUAUAGGUUAAAAGACGGACAUUUGAAAAUCUUUAAUGUCAAGUGGAUCGACGCUGGUCCAUACACUUGUGUGGCGGAGAACCAAUAUGGACAACUCAACUUUACGUUUGAGAUUAGAGUAUUAGAGAACAUGCCAUUAAAUGACAUUGCUGUGGUGGACCAGCCUGUGAAUCAAACAGCUCAACUUGGCGACACUGUUGUUUUUCAGUGUAACUCUGAUGACUAUCCAAAGCCAAAUAUCUCUUGGACACGCCAGAGAGAUGGUCAUCAUGGAUUGGAGGUUGUCCAUAGCAAUAAAGAGAAGAAACUUGUGAUUGAAAACGUGAAGAAAGAGGACCAGGGGCUGUACAUAUGUAACAUUGAGAACUCCAAGACACGGGUGGAGCUUGUAGGAUCACUGCGGGUCAUAGAGCCAGGUGAAAACUUGCCAUUUGAGCCCAAGUGUUCAAUGCAUCUGAAACGAGAGACUUACAUUGACCAUGCAACAGGCUGUAGGACAUCAGAAGCUGUUGAUUUAUAUUAUUGUAUGGGUACAUGCGGGCGGAGUUACUUUAUGCCAAAAAUAGUUGUUACAGAGAACCUUAGCAAAACCGAAAGGGCUGAUGAUGUCAUUGCGCAGACUUGUCAGUGCUGUAUUGGUAAACUAGAAACCAUGAAAAUAGUAGAGAUGGAGUGUCCAUUAAGACAGAAGAGUCUGGCCUAUAUACCAGUCUUACAUCGUUGUGAGUGUCAGCCUUGUGGAGGCAUAGACAGAAAACAAUCUAAAAAUGCCCAAGGUCAUCGUUCACUUCGAGUUGGUAAAACAAAAAAUAGAAAAAAGAAAAAAAAACCUCCCAUAAAAACUAAAAAGACUCGAAAUCCAAUUUCCUAAUUUAUCUUUGAUGUUAUAAAAAAGUUUUUUCUUUGCUGUACCCAGUUGUAAAAAGAAAAUCUGGUGUUAAAAAAAAAAACACAUCACCAACGGUCGAUUUGUUUCAAUACUUCACAAUUUUGGUUGGCAUCUUUUAGAAGUUUUAGCCCAAGUUACGACUAAUGAUUGAUAUAUUAACAUUUCUGCGAUAAAUGGUUGAUGGGAGGUUGACUUUUACAUAGGACUAGGAUGUAAAGUUUAAGAUAUUUAUUUUGUACAAUUUGUAGUUAUUCUUUUUUUUCUUAUUUGUCGCAGUUUUUUUUUGUUGUUGUCUGUGUGAUUGAGUCGAAUGCUAAUCGUUAUUUUGACACCAACUCAGCUGCAAUAGUUUUCUUAAAGUCUACCAGAGUUCUCGGAUCUUUACUUUUCCUCGUUGUUUGUCUACGAACAUUUAAGCAUCUUAUAGAGCUGCUCGUUGAAGUGUGGCAGCCCUGUCAACUACAGCUAUUUUGUGACACCUGGGUCAGCUUCAGUUUAGUGUGGUACCUCCACCAGCUAGAGUUUAUUAGUGUGGUACCUAUGUCAACUACAGCUAUUUUGUGGCACCUGGGUCAGCUUCAGUUUAGUGUGGUACCUCUACCAGCUAGAGUUUAUUAGUGUGGUAUCUAUGUCAACUACAGUUAUUUUGUGGCACCUGUGUCAGCUACAGUUUAGUGUGGUACCUCUACCAGCUAGAGUUUAUUAGUGUGGUACCUAUGUCAACUACAGUUAUUUUGUGGCACCUGUGUCAGCUUCAGUUUAGUGUGGUACCUCUACCAGCUAGAGUUUAUUAGUGUCGUACCUAUGUCAACUACAGUUAUUUUGUGGCACCUGUGUCAGCUACAGUUUAGUGUGGUACCUCUACCAGCUAGAGUUUAUUAGUGUCGUACCUAUGUCAACUACAGUUAUUUUGUGGCACCUGUGUCAGCUACAGUUUAGUGUGGUACCUCUACCAGCUAGAGUUUAUUAGUGUCGUACCUAUGUCAACUACAGUUAUUUUGUGGCACCUGAAUCAGCUACAGUUUAGUGUGGUACCUCUACCAGCUAGAGUUUAUUAGUGUCGUACCUAUGUCAACUACAGUUAUUUUGUGGCACCUGUGUCAGCUACAGUUUAGUGUGGUACCUAUGUCAACUACAUUUAUUUUGUGGCACCUGUGUCAGCUACAGUUUAGUGUGGUACCUCUACCAGCUACAGUUUAGUGUGGUACCUAUGCCAACUACAGUUAUUUUGUGGCACCUGUGUCAGCUACAGUUUAUUAGUGUGGUACCUAUGUCAACUACAGUUGCUUUGUGGCACCUGUGUCAGCGACAGUCUAGUGUGACACUUCUGUCAGCUACAUUUUUUUUAGUUCAAGUGUCAGUGUAAAUGUUAGUUGGUCUGUGAAAGUGAGCCUCGAGAACAGUUGUUCUUCAUGGCGCUUCAUUCUAACGUGACCGAAAAUUAAAUUUUUUUUUUCUUAAACAAAUCUUUUCUAUGAGAAAGAAAUUUAAAAUCAUUGCCACAUAUCUCAAUGCUGCAGGAUUAGACUCCCUUUUUCUAUAAAAAAAAUAAUUAAUUACCACUAACUGAUUACCUAACUGGUUAUCUUGAUCCAAGAAUGGGAAACAAGAAAGAAAAAGGUGUACAAAACGUAAUAAAGGGAAUAACUUCACAAAUACAGCCACGUGUCAAUAAGCAGCAUUUAUUUCUCUUUUUGAUACCAAGCGAAUAUUUAAUUACCAAUAAUUAAUUAACGAAUUGUUAUUAGUUGUUUUUUUAUUCAUGUUUUGUUAGGUACAACAUAUGAAUGUGUAAAGUUACCACUUGAUCCGAGAAAGGUUGUGGGAGAAAUAACGUAUACAAAACUUGUACCAGACAGACACAACGACAGAGUGAGUUCAUAUAAGCCUUGUACAAAGUGGAAUAUUAAAAGGGGAAAAAGAAAUAGGUAACUGUAACAUUGGUAGGUUCUCCGAAUCUUGUAGGCCUACAUCUAUAUGAUCUUAUCAAUUUGACCUAUCGCAAUCUUUAAUGUAUUAAUUUUCAACUCGUAAGCGAGGAUGAAGGUUUGAUCUUGUAGUGAGACUACGUACGUCCACAAUAAUAGGUAUUUAGAAUAAAUGUGAGAUUAUUAUUUGUUUUCAAUUGCAGAAAAUAAUAGGCCCUAAUGAUAGCAAUAAGUCCGCAGGAUCACAUACCUAGAUAUAUACUAUGGACUAUGUUAAGAUAUAUUUAGACUGGACAAUUAAGUCAAUGUUUGUAAAAACAAAAUGUUGGUAUCAAUGGUGAAAAACAAAAUGAACGCAAAUAAUUCCGCAAAAUCGCUCAAAACCUUAAUAAAAUGAGAAUUUUUUUGAGUUGUACAAUUUCCAUUUAGUGAAACUAAUCAUGCGAACUCUAUAUUCUUAAUGCUUCAAAACAAUAACUAUGGAUUUCAAUUUAACCCUAAAUUAGUGGCACUAGAAUUAGUUUCUUCGUUACUUCCAAACCAUUUUUUCCCCAUUCUUAUGACACACUUUUUAAUAUACAUUUUUUGGUGAGCUUCUGUAUCUCCACAUGCCACUGGCCAAAUAAGAACUAAAUCGAUGUUUAUUUAUUCAAUUAUCGGUUAUCUUAUACGUGACAAGUUUUCUUCAUAAAAACAAAAUAAUUGUUUCAUUGCCUAUCCAAGUGUUAAUCUAGUCGCGCAUGUGAACUAGAGACUUACAAUCUACUAAGUCAUUGGUGGCUGGUUCAGGUCAUUAACAUAACAGUCAAUCAGUACGAUGUAGAUUUGCUACAUGUUAAAAAUGGAUCAAGUUUUUGUUCUCAUGAAAAUAAAUGUCAUAAAAUAAUUUC